AUGUCCCAGGUGGAAGAUUUGAAGCACCUCUUCUCCGAGAUUUCGGGCGGCGAGAGUUUGGCGCAGGUCGGUAUUGAUGAGUUCAAGCAAGCGAUGUCGACAACCAAAUUCUCCGCCUUUCUCCACUCCAUGGGGAUCAGCACGGAAGAUGUGGGCGUCCUUUUCAAGUUGCUGGACGCGGACACCAACGGAUUGGUGGACUUGGACGAGUUUGUGACAGGAUGUUUAAACCUCCAUGGCACCGCGAAGAGCUCUCAACUGGCUCGAAUGAGCUAUGAGAACAAGCUCACGCGGCGGGAGAUCAAAUCGAUGCAGAGGUCUCUGGCUGAUUUGCAUAUCGUACUUCGCAUGAUGUGCGAGAACUGGUCAGUCUGAGUGAGCGAAGACGCACCCAGCGGCGACCAGCGGGAGUUGUGGUGGUAUGAAAACCCACAGGAGUUUCAUGGGCCAUUUUCACAAAAUUCCCUGAUUGGCUAUGACACAGGGAGUUAUAGUAUAGGCGUUAUACUACACAGGCUAUUGGGG